GGCUGGUUACACUGUCUCGGUAUGUGAUAAGAUGGCGUCUGUCGUGUUUCGUUUGAUGACCUCGUAAAAUAUUAGAGAUAGUUCUUAGUGUGUGAUAGUAAUUGUAAAUAAUAGUAAUUUCCAAUUUGAUUUAAGCCUCUAUCAUAACACUAAUCAACUUUGAAAAGAGGCUCUUAAAGUGUUAGUAAGAGGGAAAUGUCCGAGGAGACAGAGCGGCAUGGCGAGGCGACGUGUGAAGGCGGCGCAGGUGGCGGAGGCUCGAGCCUAGCCCGCGUGUUAUUGACCCCGCACCAGCUCGACGCCGCCUCGGCCGACUCGCUCCGCGCCGCGUGGAGAAACCAGGACUUGUACAUUGACCAUCUCGAAACUUUGAACAAACAGUUGGAAGGAAGCCUGGAAAAGGCGAAAGAGAUAGAAGAUAGGAUAAAACAGCAGUAUGCUGAGUCCCAACAUAGAGAGAAGGUGUUAGUUAGAAGGCUCGCAGCCAAGGAACAAGAAAUACAAGAUUAUGUAAGUCAAAUAACGGAAUUAAAGUCUUCCCACGCCAGUCUCAACGGACGACCGACGCUACUCGACCCAGCAGUAAAUGUACUAAUAUUAAGGUUAAAACAAGAACUCACAUCAACUAAAGCGAGAUUAGAAGAAACACAAAACGAACUUUCAGCGUGGAAGUUCACACCAGACUCAAAUACCGGCAAGAAACUUAUGGCGAAAUGCAGGCUGCUACACCAAGAGAACGAGGACCUCGGCCGAAUGACUUCGAGUGGUCGAAUAGCUAAAUUAGAAGGCGAUCUAGCGUUACAGAAGAGUUUUAGUGAAGAAGUUAAAAAGUCACAAUCAGAACUGGACGAGUUCUUGCAAGAGCUAGACGAGGAUGUGGAGGGCAUGCAGAGCACGGUGCUGUUCCUGCAGCAGGAGCUGCGCGCGACGCACGCGACGGUGAACGGCACGCGCGCGGCGUCGCCGGAGAAGCGCGCGUACUCGGGCAGCGACUGCAGCGAGCCGCCCGUCGGCAAGAGGAGGCGCGCCUCCGUGCUGUCGCUCGAGUACAACGAGGACGAGGAGCCGCUCACCGUCACCAACGGCGACGCCGACUAGCGCAGGACCGCGCGGUUCAAAUACAGAACACGCUACUUUCAUAUGAACUAGUGAACUCGUGCUGUCGUAUCUAUUUAGCCUUACGGCCAUUUCGUUGACUCGAAAUUGUUAUUGAUGAAUUAUUGUGAGUGAAUGAUUGAUGUCCAAUAAGGUGAAACGCUGGUUCGGUGUCCAAUCACUCAUUUCAAAACAUGUGAGAUGCUUGAUUAUUAGCAUAUAAAGUGUAUUCUUUGAAAUCUAUGUACUUUCAUUAGAAGACAUAAUAAAUAGACUAAUAUGUGUCAUUUCCAUUGACGAUUAAUUGGUGAUGAUUGUGUCUAUCGUGAUAAUGAGACUAAGGAAACAUUUGGUAAAAGCAUAGUUUGCGUUUUUAUGCACAGCAAUGGACCACGUGAUCAGAUAUAAUAGUGAAUCGUUUUUGACAUUGUUUUACACUGAAAUAUUGAGAAUAGAUGCUGAGUUGACAAUUUUAUAAUUUAUUUAUGAUAAGUGAAUUUAUUGUGAUACUUAUUAGAGACCCAAUGAUAAAUUGGAGUAAUGCAAUGACUUGUGUUGCGAGGAUUUAAUGUUUGGUGGCAUUUAUUUUAUUUAUAUGCCAGAGUAUGAAAUGAUAUCGAGCCUGUUGGUAGCAAUAAUGUAUAACACCAAGCCUAAUGUUUUAAUAAUUGACACAUUUUUAAUAAAUUUAUGUGAGUUUCAAUAUGAAAUGUUUCUAUUUUCAAAUUACAAUGAUUGUAUAUAGUAAUGUUAAUAAACAUAUAUAACUUGCAUCA